AUCCAUUCCCCACAGUCAUUGGAGUCUUCUCUUCGGCCUCCCGCUAACCGCCAUCCGAUCCACCAGACCACCACACCGAGCCCCGAGCCCACUAACUCCCAAUCCAUCGCAUCGCCAUCCCUGCUGCCAUGGCUGUGCCUCCGCGGUGGGCGAACCUCAACAUCGACCUGGUGACGGAGAUCAUGAACCGCGUCCCGUGCGCAAUCGACCGCACGCGGAUGGCCGCCGUCUGUCAGGCGUGGCUCGCGGCGGUCGCGCGGGCAGAGCGUCUGACAUUUCAGCUCCCGUCGCUCCUCUUCCCGCCCGCGGACGCGAAUGACGUCUACUGCUACCUCAGCGGUUGCCGCGAACACAACAUGUUGGCCGGGCCCCGCUACUUCGGAUCGUACGACGACGGCUGGUUCUUCGUCGCCUACGGCCACACUUGCGGGCAUCGGCUGCUCAACAUCCGCACCGGAGAUUCCCACGCGCUACCCGACAUCCUCGUGGAUCACGUCGCUCACGAAAUACACAGCAUGGUCAUCCUCGCCGCCGCCAUCUCGUGCCCGCCUGAGUUCGCGCCAUGCGCCGCGGGCAUCGUCAGCUACCAGCCGGAGCUCGACGCGCCGCGCCGACGCCACUUGGCGUUCUGGCGCCAAGGGGAUGAGGUGGCCGUCUGCAACGUUUUGCCCGGCGCGCCAGUUGGGCCGGGCUGGGAACCGGAGGACGUCGUGUACUACCGGCGCAACUUCCUUUUCCUCACCCAAGGUGGGCAUAUCCUCGUGUGCAACCCGUUAUAUGAAAAUGAUGAUAGUGGGAAUAUCCUGCUAGUGCCGUGGAAGUUAAUGCCCUUCCCGGAAUGGAGCUUCUUCCGUGAUUGCAUGUGGGAAUAUCCUGGUAGUGCGGUCGUCCGCGCUUGCUACCUUGUGGAAUCCCGCGCGUCACUGGAUAUGGUCGUCAGGCUCGCUGCCCAUCAUCACGCGCCGACGUCGUCGUUCAAGGUGUUCUACAUGGACCCUAUCGAUAUCAUCGAGCCAGGCGAUGACGACGAGGAGGCUGAUGAGUACCUUAGGACCUGGAACUGGUUCGGGGAAAAUGCAUGGGGGGGCCGGAUGCUGUUCGUGGGGCGAGGAUGCUCCAAGUCCUACGAGGUACGUGAGUACCCUGGGUUGAAGGACGGCAUCUUCUUCUUGGAUGAUCGGAGCUUCUACGACGCCGAGAUGAUGUUCGGCAGAGUCAAUGAGAGGCAGUACCCCUGUAGCGACAUCGGCAGGUGGUCGCCGCCGGAAGGGCCGCUGCCUUCCCACGUCGAACUCUACUUCCCGGAGCGGGUUCCAUCUUACAAUUCUCCUCCGGCUUGGCUUCUCCAUUGAGACGACGGUAGGUUUGUAGCUACGAAAUCCAUUGAGACGACGGUAGGUAACGGUUGUUUCUGUUGACAGUGAAACAGUAGCUGAAAAUGUAUGUAACUCUUAUCAGUUUACAUACAUAUAUGUGCUAGGUUCACAAUGCA